AUGGGUACCUUUGGUAUUGUUUUAAAAGGCAAAAAUUAAUCAACAUAAUAAAUAGUGGCUAUUAAGAUAUAAUAAGAAAUGAAAGAAAAUGAGAAGGAGAUGUUAAAUAAAAUGAAAGGAAAAGAAUUUAGGAACUUAAUUAAAAUUUUCGAAAUUGAAUAAAUAGACAACUAUUAUUAUAUAGUAAUGGAAUAUUGCACAGAAUCUCUAUAUGAUAGGAUUAAGUCAAAAGGUACAAUAAAUCCAGAUCAGAUAAGGUUUAUAAUGAAAGAAAUAGGAAAUGGAUUAAAGGAAAUUCAUGAUCUAGGUUAUGCUCAUAGGGAUAUGAAGCCUGAAAAUGUAUUGAUAUUUUAGAAGAAAGACUUGAACGGUACAACAUAAGAACUAUAUAAAAUUUGUGAUUUUGGAACAAUAAAAGAUGUUGAUGUCCUUCAAACGUAAGCAAUUGGCACUGCGUACUAUCUAGCUCCGGAAUAAUUGAUCAAAACCAACUAAGGUAGUUCAUACACAUCAAAAGUUGAUAUAUGGGCUUUUGGAGCUAUGAUAUAUGAAUUAAUGACCAAUAUUCCUUUGUUCGAUGGAUAUAGUGAAGAGGAAGUCUAUUAGAAAAUUCUUUCAACGACUCAAGAACAAAUUGAUGAAAAAAUUAAUACUAAUUUGCGUUUAGAAAGGAAAUACAAAACUCUACUCUUAAAUAUGCUUCAAAUAGAUACUAAUAAAAGAUAUGAUAUUCACCAAGUUUAAUCAGAUUUAAGAGGAUAGUCACAAAAUGUUACUAGAAAUCAAGUUCCAAACUCAAGAAUAUCUCAAAUUAUUUCAGGAUAGCAAAAUUCAGGAUAGCAAAUUUCAAACCUAGUACCUAAAAAGUAUCCAAUUUUUGAUCUUCCAAUACCAAUGCCAACAAAAACCCUUCAAAAUUUUCAAAAAACAGAGAUUUUACCAGCGCCUUAAUAACUUAAGGAGAAAUAAUAAUAAAUGAAUAUUAAUAUCAACAACCAAACCUAAAAUAAGGUAAGCAGCUAGAUGAAUUAUGCAUGUAACAUUCCCCCAAAAAAUUCAAGCAUGUAAAAAUUUGAUUAACCUUAACCCAAAUUUUAAGGUAACCAACCAUCAAAUAUUGGAAAAUCUAUUUAAAUCAAUCCCUUCUCAAUUAAGGCAAAUAUGGAACUUGAAUAAAAAUAACCUUCUAGUUUGGCAUAAGACUAAAUUGUUCAAAAAUAAUAAGUUCCUCCACAAUAAUAGAUUCCAUAGAACACUCAACAAAUUACAAAAGUAAGAUUUAAUUCUACUAUUUCAAACUCAUUUUAAGAAAAGAAUCCACAAAAGCAAGGCAAUAAUUUUGGAAACAUAAACCAAUCUCAACCGUUAUCAAUAGAUGGACCAAAAUAGAAUUUUACCCAAAAUAGGAAUUCAUCUACACAACCUUAGACACAACCAAUAUUUUAACUAAAUUAAUCGAUGAAAUUAAAUUAAUAAUAAAACUAUUUUUAAAACUUUGCACCAAGGUAAGAUAGAUUUAACCCUUCAAAAUUUACUUAAUAGCUUAGUUGA